AUGGCUGAGUUCGCCAAUCACACUAACGGCUCCGGCCUCGGCUCCAUCCCUGGCCCGUCGUUUGACACUCAGCUCCUGGAAACCUUCAUCCCAGGCUACGGGCUGGCCUCGCGCAUUCUCGCUACAUAUUUUCACCUGGACCUCAGCAGCUACAUCCCCGCGCUGAUCGCCGGCGGAAUUGUCUUCGCCGUCGUCAAAUACCUCUACCACUGGCUCUACGGCUUCUUCACAGACCACUUCAUUUCCACUGCGGAAAUCCGCCUCGACGAUGAAAUCUACACAUACCUCAUGUUCUGGAUGGCGCGGCAGUCGUUCACGAACCGCACGACCAGAUUCGUCGCAGGGACGAAGCUAAGUGGCCCGAAUCGGUAUUAUUACGACUCAGACGACGAGUCUGGUUCUGAGGCCGAAGACGAAGAGGAAGAUGGAGAGAGCUUCGACGAUUACUGGUCGCGCACGAUCAACCGCGACAAGUAUAAGAAGUUGCGCUUUACGCCGUCGCAGGGCACGCAUUACUUCCGGUACAAAGGCCAAUAUAUUGCCUUUUCGCGGGAGCGUGAGGACACUGGCAAGAAGUCCCCGUUUGCCAGCAUCAUCCCGGAACGUCUUUACUUGUCUUGCGUGGGUCGCAAUCCCACUGUGAUCAGGGACCUUUUGACUGAAGCGCAGCGCGCGUAUGUCGCUCGAGACGGCACCCGCACGGUUAUCUACCGCGGGCAGAAGGGUUCUGGGGAUUGGUUCGACUGGGUGCGGUGCAUGGCUCGUCCGCCUCGUGCGCUGAGCACGGUUAUUCUCGACGCAGAGCAGAAGGACGCGUUUAUCGCUGAUAUUAAGGAUUACUUGCAUCCGAAGACGCGGCGCUGGUAUUCGAACCGUGGGAUUCCGUAUCGUCGGGGUUAUUUGUUGCAUGGGCCUCCUGGUACUGGAAAGACUAGUCUUUGUUUCGCUGCUUCCGGUCUGCUUGGACUACCGCUUUACCUGCUGAAUCUGAACUCGAAGAGUCUCGAUGAGGAUAGUCUUAUGAGUUUGUUCUCGGAGUUGCCGCGCCGGUGUAUUGUUCUUCUGGAGGAUGUCGAUAGCGCUGGUAUCACCAAGAAGCGUGAAGAGGACAAUACCUCCAGCAAGAGCAACAGCAACAGCAGCAACGACAACGACAACGACAAUGACGAUUCUAUAAACACGGAUGACGACGAAAAAUCCGCCGGCCUCUCCCUCUCCGGACUCCUCAAUGUCAUCGACGGCGUCGCAGCAAGCGAGGGCCGCAUUCUGGUCAUGACAACCAACCACGCCGAGAAACUCGACCCGGCCCUCCUCCGCCCCGGCCGUGUCGACAUGACAGUGACAUUCGGAUACACCUCCAAAGCCGACAUCGAGGAACUCUUCUCCGCGAUCUACUCCACUCUCGAGGGUGACACCGGUACCAUGAAGCAGCGCCAGCAGCAAGAUGAGAAGAGGAAGCAAGAGCUGGCCAAUGGCAAUGGUGCUGCUGUUGUUGCUCACGAGAAGAACAAGGCUGAGAUGGAUGCUCAUCGCGUGGCGAGAUUGGCUGCGGAGUUUGCCUCGAGGGUCCCCGAGGGAGAGUUCACGGCUGCUGAGAUCCAGGGGUAUUUGUUGAAUCACAAGCAUGCGCCGAUGGAUGCUAUUGAGGGAGCUGGAGAGUGGGCGGAGGGUGUGCUGAAGAAGAGGAAGGCAUAA